AUGAUGAAGUUCCAAAACUUCUUGCUUCUCACCCUCACUAGGCCCGCGACAGGUCAGAAUAGUAGACCAUCAAACUCGUCGCUUAUAGACGUCCUGGUAUCUAACAAUCACAUCCUCUCUGUGCUCAAUGGCAUUCUUGAGGAGCGGCCCGGUUUUGCUGCCGCCCUUGAAAGCAUGAUUGACGUUACUAUUCUGGCACCUAGCGACGAUGCCAUCCGUUCGUUCCUCAACAAUGCUACCAUAGCUAGGAUGCUAGCAUCUGACUCAGGAGCCUUUGAAGCCGUAUUAUCUUACCAUGUCCUCAACGGCAUUUACUCUAACAAGAACUUUACGGAGACACCCAUGUUCAUCGAGACGAUGCUGCAGAAUAGUACUUUUGGGAACGUCACAGGUGUACAGGUUGUUGAGGCUAAGAAGGAUGGAGAUGCGGUCAGUUUCCAUAGUACUUUGAAAACUAAGGCAAAUAUUACUCAGGCGGAUCUCAAGUUCACUGGCGGUGUCGUUCAUAUUAUUAACCGUGUUCUUGAAAUUCCUAUGAACCUCUCCGCUACCACUAUCGCCGCCAAUCUCACUGCUGUCACUGGCGCUAUCUCAGCUGCUCACCUAACCAACGAUUUGAUCGAUAUGCAAAACAUUAUGGUCUUCGCGCCUAACAACGGCGCCUUCGCGGCCAUUGCCUCUGUUGUGGGCAGCCUAUCUGACGAUGACUUGCAGAGCAUCCUUCAGUACCAUAUCGUCCAGGGCAGGGUUGAAUAUAGCACUACUUUGGAGAACGGCACCCUCCGGACGGUGGAGGGCUCGGACCUUAACAUCUCGGUCGAAGAUGGCACCAUUUAUGUUGAUGAGGCGAGGGUCAUCUUGCCCGAUGUGCUCAUUUCCAACGGUGUGGUUCAUGUGGUCGAUAACGUCCUCAACCCGCACAAUACAAUUGCCAUACCCAGCACCCUCCCCGCCUUCUCCGACGCAUCCGCCAUCAGCGGUGGCAACGUGCCGUUCACUUCUAACGUUCCUAUGCCAACGGAGACGGCGACGGGAUUGGUGAUUCUGACAGGAUCAAGGACGGCGACGUUCACAGAUUCUGGUGUACCGCACGCAACUGCUGCAGUGGCUUUCGGUGCUUUGUUCGGUGGCGUGGCGAUCGUUAUGAAUGGCCUUCAGUUGUGUCGUAAUAUAAUGUAA